AUGGAGUCCGAAAGGAAGCAGAACGCGUGGCAGCAACUGUACCUGGUGCGGGGAUUGCUGACGGAGGAAGUAUUUGUGCAUUACUUGGGCAUUGUGUUGUCAAGCGGUUGGUCGCACUUUAUGCUGUUUAACAAGCAGUUCAAAGAACUCAUCCUCAGAAGACCCAAGGAACCCGAAGCAGCUGCAACUCCAGAAGAAGCAACACGCAUACGCGACGGUGCUCCUGGGCCAAAUGAUGAGGUUGAGUCGGACAGCGGAGACGAUGAAGAGCAGCGCGCAGCAAUAGCGCUGCUGCGGAAGAACGAGGAGGAAGAAAGGCAUUCGACUGAGUUGCAGCAGCACUCUGAUGAUGCUGCUGCAAACUCGGCGGCCAGCAGCAGCAGCAACUGGGAGACCACUGCUGCAGCUCAGCAGACCGCUGGUCAGCUGCAUGACGCUCCACAAAAUGCGCAAAGCGACGCCGCAGAAGAGGGAGACAAAGGAGAUAAAGAGAAUACUAAGGAUCCCCCUAAUACAAGCGAAGCCACCGCUGCGCCUGCAAAACUGCAUAAAGAUGAACAACGCCAGACAGAAACCAACGAUGCUGCAACGGCUUCUAAGGCUGCCAAGCACGUAACAGAGACCAACGGCAGCAACAGCAGCAGCAACAGCAGCAGCAACAGCAGCAGCAACAGCAGUAGCAGCAGCAACACCACCUCACAGCAGCCUCUAGUGGGGCCCCAAGCACGGCGGCGUAAAACCGCACUGACAAGGGCCCCUGCACACGGCAGCACUGCGGCAGCGCAACAGCAGCAGCAGCUGCAGCAGCAGAAAGCAACUGGUGAUGCUAUGCCGGGUGUUGCUGCGCGGACCCGAGGGCGUGUUGGCCUUCGACGCCGAGAGUUGAAUGUGCCUGCACGAUCUGCUGGUGGUGGCAUUCGAACUGAACAAAGCGAGGUGGUGUCUGUACACCCGGUUGCAGCAACAACUGGAGCAGAUGAAGCAACCGCUACGUCGAGUGCUGCAGGACAGCGCACUGCACCGAGGAACGCAGGCGCCGCGAGGGUGCAGCCGAAAGCAGGAACAAGAUAUGCUGCUGCUGCUGCUUCUUCUGCUGCAACUGCAGCAAAUGCUGCGAAGGCGGAUCUGCGAACCCGCGCGCGCCUCGAUGAGAAGCCGCCAAACUCAGCAGCAGAUAUACACCCGGGGAAAAGACGUGUGGAAGGCGGGACAGGGGGCCCUGAAACGAAUAAAAUACAACGCCGAAGAGUGCAGUGA